AUGUCUACUGGUGAUUUCUAUUUAUCGUUCAUAGUUAGUUUAAUUUUACAUCUAACUUUACCACAAACUAUUAGAACAUUACCAAAUAGUACUAAUUUGAGUUCACUAACCAGUACUAAUACAACAAAUAAUGGGAAUAGUACCGGAGUAGUAGCGCCUGUUAAGAAUCCUCUGAGUCAAGGCAAAGAAAUAAUUAAUAAUGUGUUUUCAAAAAUGGAUCGAGGCACGUUGAUGCGUGGUAUUAUUGUUCUUGGCGGUAUAACUUGUCUCGUUUUAAUGUACAUUGGAAUAAAAACAUUUUUUUUACGUAAAAAACGUCAACCAAAACGAUAUACAUUGAUCACUGAUCCAAAUGCAAUGGAAGAACCACUUUUCGGUAGCAAUGAUGGUGAUGAAGAGAUUGACGAUGGCACAUUAUUUGUACGCAAAUAA